AUGGCGUCACUUGCUGUCGCGAUGAGCGUUUCGAGCGUCUCACAAACUUCGAUUGCGCGUCUGCUUCGGCAAAAAGGUCAACAGCCCAUUGCCCACCUCCGGUGUCGCUAUCCUCUGCCCAGGCUGCGAAAAAUCUCGGCUGAUGCCUCUGCGGUGGGAUCCGGGGACCCUCUCAAGGUCCCCAUCUCAUAA